AUGACAACAGCGCCAGGUCGAAAUCGUUGUGUCACAUAUCAUCGACAAGAAUUAAGUAAACAAUUAGAAGUCGUUGAAACAAAUUAUAAUGUUUUCCAACAAAAAAUCAUCGAUCAAACAGGCAAACUGCAAAAUGAUGUUGUAAUCAAAGAAGUCAAUGAUUGGGAAAAUGAAUCAAUCAAAAUAAUUCAACAGAAAGCACAAGCGAUUAAACAAGCUGUAGUGAAAUAUACAACUGAUCAUAUGAAACAAAUGGAAGUUGAUAUGAAUAAGAUCAGUCGGGAAUUACGACAAUAUCGAAAAGAAAAUGAUUUUUAUGAAACAGAUCUUCGACAAUGGAACGAAGAUUUAGGAAAAUUAGCAACUCAAUUCGAUAAUCUAUCAAAUAUUGUUCUUCAAAGGAAUUCGGCAAUGCUCAUCAACAGCAUUUCGGUUGUUGUAACAUCAAAUUCGGUUGGCGGUGUUGAUUCAUCAAAGGUUUCGAAUACUGUUCCAAACAAUAAUCGAGGUUUUCAAUUGAAAGUCUCUUCUAUUUUCAUGUGGAAUCUUUUAUUUUUAGUUGGAGUUAAGCGUACGGAAUCUCAAAUGAAUAUUGAUACUCGUAUUUGUUACUUUUGUGGUAAAGCGGGUCAUAUCAGUCGGUAUUGUUUUAAACGAAGAAGAUUCGAACAUGAAAAUGGCAAUUGUCAUCCUAAUUGUGCGUUAUGUCGUCGCCAUGACUGUGCUGAUUUCGAUUCCGAUGAGGAUUCGUAA